AUGACAGAUCCUCAGUCCAAUUUAUACAGUGGAUGCUUCAACUUCAUGCCCCUUCAUUCUCACUACACUUCUUUCACUAAUUCUCAAUCCAACCUAUUCUCUUCCUACCCUUUUCCAUACUCAAACGACAACACCUUUUCCAUUCAAUCCGAACCUUCAUCUUUGUUAGCUCCUCCUUCUUCCCCUCCUCUCAGAGAAGCCCUUCCUCUCAUAAACAACAUAAGCCUCACAAAUCAGAAGGAAAAUGAACCCUCAAACAGUACUAGCGCUGUUGAAGAGGAAGGGGAGAAGAAAAAGGACAAAGAUGAGAGCCUUUUGAUGACUAGUACUGAAGAGGUUGAUGAUGAAGCUGUGACAGUAGCACUGAGCAUAGGGCUUCCUAGCAUGGCUGCUUCUGAUCUUCUGGGAUCAAGGGAGAUGUCAACUUGUGCACAAAUGGGUGAAAAGGGGGAAGUGAAUGUUAUUUCUGGACACCCUUUGGAUAGAUUAAACAAGGUUCAGUAUUGGAUUCCCUCCCCUUCUCAGAUUCUUAUUGGUCCUACUCAGUUCUCAUGUUCUGUGUGCUCUAAGACUUUCAACAGAUAUAAUAAUCUUCAGAUGCAUAUGUGGGGACAUGGAUCACAAUAUAGAAAGGGGCCUGAUUCUCUAAAAGGGACACAACCAUCAGCUAUGUUGAGGCUUCCAUGCUUUUGUUGUGCCCCAGGUUGCAAGCACAACAUUGACCACCCAAGAGCAAGGCCCCUCAAGGAUUUCAGGACUCUUCAAACGCAUUAUAAGAGAAAGCAUGGCAUAAAACCCUACAUGUGUAGAAAAUGUGACAAAGCAUUUGCAGUGAAAGGUGACUGGCGGACACAUGAGAAGAACUGUGGCAAAAUUUGGUAUUGCUUAUGUGGGUCUGAUUUCAAACACAAAAGAUCUCUAAAAGAUCACAUAAAGGCCUUUGGCCAUGGCCACGGUGCUAUUGACAUUGAUUGCAUGCAAGAAGAGGAUGAAGGGGCCUCAGAAAUUGAACAUGAUGGGGAAAGCUCAAUGUGA